AUGACAGGCACCACUCCCCCAGCAACCGACGCACCCAAGAAGCAAAUCAUCCUCAAUGCCUUCGUCAUGAACACCCCGGGCCACCAGGCCCCGGGUCUCUGGCGCCAUCCCCGCAACAAAACAGACCAAUACAAAAAACUCUCCUUCUGGAACGAUCUUGCCCAACUUCUCGAUAACGCCGGGUUUCACGCAAUGUUCAUCGCCGACACACUAGGUCCCUACGAUGUCUACAAGGGACCAGCAAAUGUUGUUCCGUCUCUAGCAUCAGGUGCUCAGUUCCCGGUUAAUGACCCUCUGUAUUUGGUUCCGGCGAUGGCUUCUGUGACGAAAAAUUUGAUUUUUGGUGUCACGGCCAGUUUGACGUAUGAGAAACCGUAUGCGUUGGCGAGGAGGUUCUCGACGGUUGAUCACUUGACUGAGGGCCGAGUUGCGUGGAAUAUCGUGACUUCUUAUCUAGACAGCGCUGCUCGAAACCACGGCCUCAAGGAGCAGAUCCCGCACGAUGAGCGAUAUGCAAUUGCGCAUGAGUACAUGGAAGUCCUCUACAAGCUCUGGGAAGGCAGUUUCCGUGACGAUGCCGUCCUCGAAGAUCGAGAGUCAGGAAUCUACAUUGCCGAGGAUGCUGUACGAGAAAUCAACCAUAAAGGAAAAUACUUUGAAGUUCCUGGACCUCAUUUCUGUGAGCCGUCACCACAACGAACCCCAUUCCUUUUUCAGGCGGGCGUGUCUGCGGCAGGAAAUGGAUUCGGCGGCAAGCAUGGAGAGGCGAUUUUCAUUGGUGGUCAAACCCCUGAGUCCGUUCGCGAAAUUAUAGAUAAUAUCCGUAGCAUUGCAAAGAAGGAAGGCCGUGACCCGAAUCAUAUCAAGGUCAUAUUGGCAAUCUGCGUUAUCGUUGCUGCAACCGAUGAAGAGGCUCAUGCAAAGCGUGCAGAGUACUUGAAAUAUGCAGACUAUGAAGGUGCCUACGCCCUCUUUGGUGGAUGGACGGGCGUCGACUUAUCCAAGUUCUCCGAUGAAGAGAAUUUUCUCGAGACGCAUGCUCCCCGUGUCCAGCCUCUUAUUCGGCGAUGGGCAGCCUCGGUGCCAGGAACGGAGAAUCAGCCCUGGACCAAGAAGACUAUUGCGGAAUAUCUCUGCGCUGGCGGUUUACAGGCAAAAUUGAUCGGUAGUCCGACUACAGUCGCUGAUCAGAUUGAGCGCUGGGUUGAUUUGACGGAUGUGGAUGGGUUUAACGUUAUUCACAUAACGAAUCCAGGAUGUUUUGAGGAUGUGGCUGAAUAUCUGAUUCCGGAAUUGAGGCGGCGUGGAAGAUUUAGGAGUCGUCCGGAAAAGGAAGGGGCUACUGCUCGUGAGGUCUUUAUUGGGACAAAGAGGUUGCCAGAGGAUCAUCCGGGGAGCAAGUAUAAGUGGCGUGCUGGUGAGAGUAUUCCUGAAUAUGAACAAGAGGAUCAGCGGAAAACUUCUGGGAAAUAG